CAUCGGCGAUAGUAGCGUUCGUUGUGCGUUCGAUUUCGCAGCCAAGCCCACUCUCUCGUUCUUCUGCAACCGGCGGAGUGUUUAUUGUUUUUUUUCGGCACCAAAGGUACUGCAAGUCAUUGAAGAAAAGUGAGAGUGUGGUUUCCGUUCUUUCCAAUCGUGCGAAAAAGAAAGAGCAAGGAAUCGGAAUCGAAACCGUUCGACGCAACGAAAGCUUUGCUGGUACGCCGCAAGUUCACGGUCACGGUCAGUCGCAGCCAGGAAGUUUGUGAAGUGGGCGUACGUGAGUUUAUCCGAGUGAGUAAAAGAAAGUGAAAUUAUUCCAUCCAAGACGUGUCUGGAGAUAUGCUGCAAAUGGCGAAAAUGGUGUGGAUCGGUCUAACGGCGCUCAUUUGCAUCGCGGGAACCUUUGCCGCUGUCCCCUCCUCCAUUAAAGUAUGCUCGAGGAACGAUCCCGACCUGAACCGUUGUAUCACCGAGUCCGUCAACGAUCUGCGACCACGGCUGGCGACGGGCAAAAUUUCCGAUGAGUUCCGAAUUCCCCCACUGGAACCGCUCGCCCUAUCCACCGUCAACAUGGACCGGGGGGCAGAGUUUAAGGCCACCUUCAGUGAACUGCUCGUGUCCGGGCCGAGCAAGUUCAAGAUCGACAACUUGAAGGUAAACAUCGAAAAGCUAAUCUUCGACUUCAACAUCUUCCUGCCGAAGCUGUCUUUCAAGGGAAAGUAUGACCUUAAGAUCAAGCUGCUAUUGCUGAACAUUGCCGGCGUUGGUGAUCUUACCGGAGUUAUUGAAAACAACCACGCGCGUGUGAAGCUGUUGUGCGAAAAGUACACCAAGGAUGGUAAAGAGUAUAUUCGCGUGAAGAAGCUACUGGUGCGCAUCGAGAUCGAGAAGGGUCGGUUCGACAUGAAGGACCUGUUCCGUGGUGAUCCGGUCCUCAGCCAAGCCGGCAACCAGUUCAUCAAUGAAAACUCAAGACUCUUCCUGGACGAGCUGACACCCGGGCUGGAGCGCAGCCUUUCGGACACCUUUAAGUCAACGGCAAACGAGAUCAUGCAGCAGGCUGCCUUCGAUGAGAUCUUCCCGGCGUAAGCGAGGUUCGGCUUUGCUGACAGCCGUGAGUGAGUGAUGAUCUGUGAUUUAGGGUGUGCACGGGUCGUUUCAUCUGUCAACUCCAAGAGAUGACAAACUGAUGCGCGGUGCGCAUUCGUUCGAGUAACCUUAGUGAUGUACCUUUGUAGCUCUGUAGCAGCAUGUCCAGUACCUUGAGCGGUACUCCAACCGGGGGGAAUAAUAUGGUUGUUUUACAAUAAACUUAGUACCGUGGAAAUGCGCUUCAUCGAGUGCAACGGCACUCGGAAGCGGAAGUAA